CCUCUGCAGUGGAGAGCACAAGUUCCCUUUGGAGACUCCAGAGCCAGGACAAAGCAGAUCCAUGGGUGAUUGUGAUGAAGGAUUUUAUAUUGGAAGACAUGGAUCUUGCAGCCAAUGAGCUCAGCAUCUAUGAUAAACUUUCAGAGACCAUCGAUUUAGUGAGGCAGACGGGACAUCAGUGUGGAAUGUCAGAGAAGGCAAUUGAAAAGUUUAUCAAACAGCUGCUAGAGAAAAAUGAACCUCAGAGGGGACCACCCCGACAUCCUCUGCUCAUGGUUGCUUACAAGGUCCUGAUCACACUGGGGUUAACCCUGCUCACUGCCUACUUUGUGAUUCAGCCCUGUAGCCCUUUACCACCUGAACCAGUGCUCUCUGGGGCUCACACCUGGCGCUCUCUGAUCCAUCAUAUCAGGCUGAUGUCCCUGCCCAUCGCCAAGAAAUAUAUGGUUGAAAAUAAGGAAUAUGUUCCUCUGUCUGAUUAUACUGAGCACCCAAGUGACGAAGGAUAUGGAGAAUGUGAUGACUGGUGGAAAACCGACUGCAACCCGAACAAUACCACCAUCCCUUCUAACUGCACUGGCUGUGCAGUGCUUACAGGCCUCCAGGUGGUGCCACUCAUGUCACAAUUACCCUCCGAAUUUGACAAACUCCAGCCUCUGCUGAUCAAGACUGGAAACAUUCUGUCAUCCAAGGAGCUUCAUCUUUUUCAAUGCCAGUAUCCAGAGUUGACAGAAGGGAUCUCAGAAGGAAUGUUAACCCGGUGGUGGAAUUGUUUUCCUCAUCAGCGUUUCCCUUUUAAUUUCCCAUGGAGCAAACCUCUGAAUAGAACAAACAUUCUACAUGAGCUUUUCCCUAUGUUCGAUUCCUUGCCGUUUCCCAAAGAUUCCUCCUUGAAAACCUGCUUUGUCGCCCACCAGCCUCCUGUACUAGGGAGUAAGAUGCGUGCGGUUCACGACCUCUUUGUCAUCGGCAGUGGUGAGGGUAUCAUGUACCUCACUCCUCCUAUUGAGUGCAGAAGGCACUGUAAUACUGUGGUGAUGCAGCUGGAGCCAGGGGACGUUGGCUAUGCCAGUGUGGAUUAUUGGAAGAUAAGUGUUGGACCAAGAGGAACAGAGCCCUUGGUGAUCUGUGAUGGAACCACCAACUCAGAAAUGUAGAGAAACAGGAUUCUG